AUGGAAAGCUAUGUGAUCUCUAAUGACAGAUAUUUGAUCCUGACUGCUCAACUAUAUGACGCUAAAGAAAUGGCAACCGAUUCCAAGACCAAAGGAGACAAGAUGGGCCAGAGGAUGGCACAGGACAGAAUACGGGUCAUACAGCAAGAAAUGAAACAGAUGGAGUCCCAUCCCAUGUUCAAUCCUUCCAUCAAAGUAGUGGACGUGCCUCAGAAGGAAAAGAAGACACUUCCUGUCCCCGAGGACAAAGAGGACCUCAGCUUCAAGUUGUUUGAACGAGCAGAGAAGGAGCCUCCUGCAGAGAAAGUCGUGAAAAAGAACGAGCCGAAGGACAUCCGUAACUUUGAUUACACAGCUCGCAGCUGGACGGGCAAGUCUCCCAAACAGUUUCUGAUCGACUGGGUCCGAAAGAACCUACCCAAAAGUCCAGCACCUGCUUUUCACAAGGUUGCUGCUGGCAGAUACUGGAGAUGCAAGGUGCGAGUUCAGAGAGCAGAAGAUGUUUUGGAGGUUUGUCCAACCAUCCUGACUGAGGACAGCAUGCAGGCGCAGCAUCUGGCUGCCACUCUGGCUCUCUACAACCUAGUUAAAGGGCAGUCGGUGCAUCAGCUGCUCCCUCCGAACUACAGAGACGUCUGGCUGGAGUGGAGAGACGACGAGCAGCAGCAGCAGGAGGCGAGCCGCACCGCUGCCAACAAACCUCGAGACCAGUUCAUUUCCCGACUCCUGACUAGGCUCAAACAGCAGCAGCAGGACCAGAGUCAGGGACAGCAGCGUGCGUCUCAGGGACAGCGGGGGCUGAGUGGGGACGGUGAGGACGAGCCUGAAGAAUCCUGGGAGAACCUGGCUGGUCUGGAUAUUGGCGAGAGAGGAGCUGAAGUGGAAGAAAGGAGUGAGAAAAUAGGGAGGAUGGGAGAGGCGGCAGCGCUCGGGGCAGCCAGAGAGCUCUUACUGAAGCAGAAGGAGUCUCUGCUCGCCCUCAAGCUGCAGGCCGAGCGAGAGCAGCUUCCAGUCUUUCAGCACAGACGCCGUGUCCUGGAAGCUCUGCGGCGCCACCCGGUGGUGGUGGUGGCCGGUGAGACGGGCAGCGGGAAGAGCACCCAGAUCCCUCAGUUCCUCCUGGAGGAGAUGUUGACGCAGGGCGCCGCUCCUCAGCCCUGCAACAUUGUGGUGACGCAGCCGCGCAGGAUCUCAGCCAUGAGCCUCGCGUGCAGAGUCAGCCAGGAGCUGGGCAGCGACGACGGACCAGGAUCCAAGUCUUCGCUGUGCGGAUACCAGAUCAGGAUGGAGAAUCAGUCCGGGGACUGGACCCGCCUGCUGUACUGCACAACUGGAGUUCUGCUGAGGAAACUUCAGCAUGACAAACACCUCAGCUCUCUGACCCAUAUCAUCGUGGAUGAGGUCCAUGAGCGCAGCGUCCAGUCGGACUUCCUGCUGACCAUCCUCAGAGAUGUCGUCAUGAAGAGAUCGGACCUGCAGCUCAUCCUCAUGAGCGCCACGGUGGACUGCCAAAAGUUUUCCAACUACUUCAACCGCUGCCCAGUGGUAACCAUCCCAGGCAGGACUUUCCCAGUGGAGGUGUCUCAUCUGGAGGAUAUAGUGGAGCAGACUGGGUACAUUCUGGAAAAGGACUCCGAAUAUUGCCAGAAAAUUUUAGAAGAAGAAGAAGUCGUCUCUGUCUGUGUCACACAAAAAGGUGGCAAAGCUUUGCAGCACCAGGAGUUUAUAGCGAGGGACUCCUCCUCCGGCUGGGAUCUGGGUCCAGAUCUGGACCACUUCAGCAGCAGAACUCGGCAGGUGCUGCAGUACAUGAACCCUAACAAGAUCAACAUGGACCUGCUCCUGGACCUCCUUCACUACCUGGACAAGUCUCCGCAGUUUGCAGACAUGGAUGGAGCCGUGCUCGUGUUCCUCCCAGGUCUGGCUCACAUCCAGCAGCUGUACGACCUGCUCACUUCAGACAAGAGGUUUCGGGACAAAAAUAAGUACAGGAUUGUUGCCCUACACUCAACUCUGUCAUCUAAAGAACAGGCAGCUGCCUUCACAGUGCCCCCUGCUGGAGUCAGAAAGAUUGUAUUGUCGACCAACAUCGCAGAGACGGGCGUGACUAUCCCUGAUGUGGUGUUUGUUAUUGACACUGGGAAGACUAAAGAAAACAAGUACAGUGAGAGCAGCCAGAUGAGUUCUCUGGUCGAGACGUUUGUCUCCAAAGCCAGCGCCCUGCAGAGACAGGGGAGAGCAGGACGGGUCCGAAACGGCUUCUGCUUCAGACUCUACCCCAAAUACAGGUUCGAUGCCUUCGCAGAUUACUCCAUCCCAGAGAUUCUGAGAGUCCCACUGGAGGAGCUCUGUCUUCACAUAAUGAAAUGUCAGUACGGCUCCCCGGAGGACUUUCUGAGCCGAGCCCUGGAUGCUCCUCAGCCUCAGUCGGUCAGCAACGCUGUCAACCUGCUGAGGAAGAUCGGUGCGUGUCAGCCCAGCUGCCACGUCCUCACCCCUCUGGGACAUCACUUAGCCAGUCUGCCGGUUAACGUGAAGAUCGCCAAGAUGCUCAUCUACGGAGCAAUCCUCGGCUGCCUGGAGCCCAUAGCGACUAUCGCAGCGGCCAUCACAGAGAAGUCUCCUUUUUCCACACCGAUGAAUCGAAAAGAAGAAGCGAACUUGGCUAAAGCUGCUCUGGCGUUGGCCAACUCUGAUCACCUGACCAUGUACAACGCAUACCUGGGGUGGAAGAACUCACAGACGGAAGGACUGAGGACCGAGCUGUCCUACUGCAGGAAACACUUCCUCAAUCGAACGGCUCUCAUCACACUAGAGAACGUGAAGCACGAGCUGAUGAAGAUGAUGGAGCAGGCAGGUUUCUGGUCGUCCCGCUCCUCUUCCUCCCGUCUGAAGCAGCGAGCAGCCUCGCCGUCCAAGCAGGACAUCUCCGUCCUGACUGCGGCGCUGUCGGCGGGGCUCUACGACAGCGUGGCCCGGGUGCUGUGCAACCCCUCGGUGGACGGGCUGGAACGAGUGGCCUGCAUGGUGGAGACGCCUCAAGGCAAGGCUCAGGUCCACCCUUCAUCUGUUAACCGUAACCUGCAGACCUACGGCUGGCUGCUGUACCAGGAGAAGGUUAAAUAUGCAAAGAUCUACCUGCGAGACACGACUCUGAUACCUCCUUUCCCCUUGCUGCUGUUCGGAGGCGACAUCGACAUUCAGCACCGAGAGAAGCUCAUCACUUUAGACGGGUGGAUCCACUUCCAGGCUCCGGUACGGAUUGGUGUGAUCUUCAAACAUCUGAGGAAACUGAUGGAUUCUUUGCUUGAAAAGAAGCUGGAGAACCCCAGGAUGAACCUUGAAGAUGACCCAACCAUCCAGGUGAUUCUGGAUCUGAUCAGAUCAGAGCAAGCUGUGUGACUUCAAACCAGCGCAGGAGAACCAGCACUAUCAAACAUCGGCCUCGAGUUGUCCUGAAAAGCUCCAGAACUUUAAAAUAAACGCCUGCAGAGACAUUUAACUCACAAUGAAGAGGAAUCUACAGCAUAUGAACAAAAAUAACAGAAAUUUUAAUGUUAAGUUUUGCUUGUUUUGGGAUGUUUAUUGUUUAUAGUUGCUCAUCAACCCAUAAAAUGACUCUAUAGGAAAAUACACUAACGUUUUAGUUUUCAACUUGUGUGGACACGGAGACACUUGAUGCUCUUUUUAAACUCUGACAACAUAAAGACAAAAUUGUCCUUUACAGUUAUUUUCAUGGUUUAAAUAUUCUUUACACCACAAUGAUAAAAGGAGAAGUCUGUAAUCCUUAUGGAUUUCAGAUUAUGUGCCGAUAAUUAGAAGAU